AUGGCAGAAUUAUUGAUCAAGGCCCAGAAACAUAUGAAUGCUGAAGAUGCCAUGAAUUCAAGAAAGGGCAAAGGAGUCGACGACAAGAAAGAAGACAAGAAAAGGCCAGCUGCUAGCUCCAAAGAUGAGAAAGACACUAAGUUCAGAAAGCCUACCAAUGAUAGGCCCCCUAAAGUACCCAGGGGGCAAGAAAGCUACAUUAACUUCACUCCCUUGAACACCCCGAUCAGCCAAAUCCUCUUGCAGAUCCAAGAUGACCACUCCUUGAAAUGGCCCCCCAAGUUGAAGUCAGAUCUAACAAGAAGAUCUAGGGACAAGUAUUGUCGGUUCCAUAGAGACCAUGGGCAUAAUACCGAUGAUUGCUUCGACUUGAAGAACCAGAUAGAAAGCCUAAUUCGUCGGGGGCCGUUGCACAAAUAUGCUAUGGACCGUGAAAAAGUUGCCACUCAACCUACCCCUAAGAACAGAGAGAACAACCCUCCUGGCAGCCCGUUGGGAGAAAUAAAAGUGAUUAUGGGAGGAUUUGUAUGUGGGGGAGAAUCAAGCUCAGCACGAAAAACUCAUGUCAGGAGAGUCCGGAGCUCGGCAGGAGUCAAUGAAGUUGAAAUUCAUGAACCCCCAGCGAAGUCUCCUAGAGUGGAGGGCUAG